AUGUAUGAUGCAUUUAUGUCCGAGUACGAGUUGCUCGGACAUAUGACUCAAUUCAAGCCAUCAGACACUGACCCAACAGGUUACUACAUUCCACAUCAUGGUGUACUACGGGAACAGAGUACCACCACAAAACUGCGCGUUGUUUUCAAUGCAAGUUGUCCCACAUCGUCUGGAAUUUCAUCCAAUGACAUACAAAUGGUCGGUCCGACAAUUCAGGAUGACCUUCUGGCCAUUCUUUUGCGGUUUAGGCAGUAUAAGUAUGUCUUAUCGGGAGAUGUUCAGAUGAUGUACAGGUGCGUGGAUGUUCAUCCAUCUGAUAGACACUUACAGCGGAUUUUGUGGCGAGAUAAUUCAUCACAAGUACAAGUUUAUAAAUUAAAUACGGUGACUUAUGGCACUGCUAGUGCUCCGUUUUUAGCCACCCGCUGCCUUUAUCAAUUAGGUCUUGAUUGCAAGGACGACAAGAUUGCUGAUGUCAUCAAACAUGACUUUUAUGUAGAUGACCUGUUAACUGGAGGGGAUGACUUAAAUACAGUCAGCCACAUCCGCCAAGAAGUCACAAAGGCACUUUCGUCAGCUUGCAUGGUACUUCGCAAAUGGAAGUCAAAUGCACCUCAAUUGUUGUCUGAUAUUUCAGAGUCAUCGCUUGAUUUGAAUAUUGGCUCUCCUGAGCCAACCAAACUAUUAGGUUUAGGGUGGCAUGCCAGUUCAGAUGAACUGAUGUUCUUAGUCGACUCAACCAUCUCUCACACUAAUAGCACUAAGCGUGAUUUGCUUUCUGUCAUUGCAAAGAUCUUUGACCCUUUAGGUUUGUUGUCACCUUUAGUGAUCACAAUGAAAAUGUUACUGCAGCGAAUGUGGCUUGAUAAAUUGUCGUGGGAUGAGCCAUUAUCUCCAGAAUUAAGUGCACCGUGGCAAGCUAUUGUGAGAAAAUUACCACUUAUUAAUGACUUUCGUUUUCCACGUAUCGUCGUCUGUGAGUCAUACACACAAUUAGAACUACACAUCUUCACAGAUGCCUCUGAACGUGCCUAUGGCGCUUGUGCCUAUGUUCGUAGUGCAAACGAUGAAGGCAAGUGUAUGGUCAGGUUACUCAUGGCCAAGAGCAGAGUGGCACCUAUCAAACCAACUACGAUUCCGAGAUUGGAGUUGUGUGGCGCUGUAGUCGGUACUCAUCUAUACGAGAAGAUAUCGAAAUCACUAAGGGUUAGGUUUAGCCGUGUGUUUUGUUGGACCGAUUCCACAAUCGUGUUGGGAUGGUUGCAGAUGUUGCCUUCAAGGCUUCAGCCCUUCGUGCGCAACCGCGUCGCUGAAGUUUUAGAGCAGGCAGGUCACUGCACUUGGCGACAUGUCCCAACCGACAAAAACCCAGCAGACCUAAUAUCUCGUGGUGUGGAUAUUAGUAAUCUGCAGAGUCUAGACCUAUGGUGGUCCGGUCCCGACUUUCUCCAUCAAGACUCAUGCUAUUGGCCAUCUUUAGUCAAACCUUUAGAGCCUGCCUCACUGCCGGAAACUCGGUCUGAUCGGAUUGAACAACUCCGCCAGCACUUCUGGACUAGAUGGAGUAAGGAGUUCAUCGCAGAACUGCAGCAACGCGUCAAGUGGCAUUCCAGUAAGGAUAGUUUGAAGUUGGAUACCUUGGUAGUAAUCAAGGAGGAAAAUCUUCCGCCUUUAAAGUGGAGAUUGGGCAGGAUCGUGGCCAUACAUCCGGGAACCGACGGAAUAGCUCGUGUCGCUGACGUCAAGACCUCAAAUGGUAUCAUCCGAAGGGCUUUCUCCAAGAUAUGUCCAUUGCCGGUGACUACAGAGUCUGGUUGA